AUAGGAGAUGCGGGCUUUUUCAACUUUGGGCUAUGUAACUCAAAAACACAAAAUUCGAGUCCUCAAGAUGAGGUUAGUGGGAAUGUGACGCAUACGCACAAUUCACAUUUCCAUCCAUCCUCUUCAUUAUCAACAAACAAAAAAACAAAUCAAAAAUAAACUCUCACCACCUGGUAAAAACUAUUAUAUUCAAAGCAAGCUGAUCACAGGAAACCAAAGAAAAAUUGACUGUUAAUCUCCAUUUCCAACCGGAGGAGGCUCUGCAAAAACGGGAGGAGGGAGCUAGGGUUAUCAGAUUCGGCUUCUGAGGCUGCUUGAUCUGCAAUUGAAAAACAAAGACACUUACUGCUUGGGUUUGGAUUUGCAAAACCCCCCCCCCCAAAAUCCAAGAACCCAACAAGUCGGAAUUCUUUGAGCUGUUUCCUGCAAAUUUCGAAUCUUUACAUGGAAAUCUGGAAGAAAAAAAGGAAAGAUUAGUUCUUUUCAUGGUGGGUAGGUGUGACAAACCCCAUUUCAGCUGAAACCCUUCAUUUUUUUUUCCCCCAAAAGGACCCCAAAAUCUUUGAAUCAAAGAUAUUUGUGACCCGAAUAACAAACAUGCACGCGCGCCACCGCAAUCCCGGAAAUGGGUACCGGUCUAAUUCCAUGGGUAUGGACCGUAUCGGAAUGGGUCGGAUCUCGCCGGAGGGCUCACUCCGCGGCCAUGGCUAUUACAACAACAACUCCGACCCCCCUCACCGCAACAACAACAACAACAACAGCUUCAAUCGCGGCUUCGGCCGGUCGAAAUCUUUCCAGCCGCCGCCACCUCCGCCGCCGCCGGCGGCUCCGCCGCGAAAGGGGGACGUCUUUAUGGACGCGGGCCGGAUGGCGGCGGAGUAUCUGGUGGCGCAGGGGCUGCUGCCGGCGAGCGUGCUGUCGGCAAAGUGGCAGAAGAAGCAGCAGGUAGAGUUUGAGGGUGAUCACAUGAGAGAGGAGGGGAGGACGUCGGCGCUUUCCCGAUUAGGAAAUGUUUCGGAGGGAGGAGGGUACAGAAGAGGAAGGUUUGGAGGUGUGGAUGAGUUCAGUAGUAAUGCGAGGAAUAAGGGGAGGAGGAGGAACCGGGGCGGCGGGUAUGGGUCGGAUACCCGGCCCGAUUGGUAUGGGAGGAGUGGGACGUUUUCGGAUAGGCAUAGUAGGGCUUCUUCUGAGUGUGAGGAUGAUUCUGCUUCUGGGAGGCAUGAGGAGCACAAGGUGGGGAGAGAUGUUGGGAAUGCAAGGGAGAGUGAGGAUGCAGUGGAUUCGGAGACAAAGGAGGAUAUGAGCUCGAAGCCGAGUUCUUCUGGUGCAAAUGGGAGUGACGGAGUUGUUGUUGGAGUAAAUGUGGAGCCCAACAAGGUGAAUGAUGUAGAGAUGAAGGAUAAGGAUUGUGGCAAUGGUGAUGAAACUGAGAAACAGAGUGUUGUGGAGGAGUUGCCGGCUCAGGUUAAGGCCGAUGGAGAGGGGGAUUUGGGUGGUAGGAAUGGCACUGAUUUGUUGAAACUAUGCAAAUUCGCCAAGGUGCCUACUAGAAUUCGCUCGGCAUUGACUACUAGGGGUUUGAAGGUUGAUCCACUUCCAAUUAUCCAAGAGGGAAGCACGUUGUCUGACAUUGGUCUGCAACCGGGAGGAUCAUCUCAAGGUUUAAUCGAAAACCGUUCUCUUGAUGUUGCCUCAGGUACCCCAGUAUUAGAUAACUCUCAUUAUGUUGAUCCUGAAACUUCUAAAGUUGAGUCCAGUCAAUCUGUUGAGAAUUUGGUAGAAUUAGGUUCUGGAUUUGGUAUUGAGCAGAAUAAGUUUGAAAGGUCCCAGUCAUUACCAGAUAGAGCUUUUAAGCGUGAGAAUGAACAAGAAUUGAUUCAAGGGCCAGCAGGGCUUAGGAGUUUUAGCUUUGCAGUUAAGGAAAGAGGUGAGAAGAGGGCUUUAGAAGAUCAUGAUAAGCAGGUGGAAGCAAAAAAACCAAGAGAAUGGCGUCCCUACGCAGAGUCAGAUGAUUGUUUCCAAAUUUCCAAUUUGAGCGAAAAGAAAGCAAGUCCAUUGGAGGACAACACUUCUCCUGCUGAGAAAGUGAUUGUAGCUGUUGAUCAUGACAGCUCAAUGGGAAAUGAUUCCCAGUUCCGAAAAGAUGGAGCUGAAAUUUGUGUCGAUUAUAUGCAAGAGAAGCAGCUUUUUCCUAAUUCAUUCGACCUUAAUCUCAUGGAGGUUAGCGAUGCACAUGAGAGUCGUGAUAGUAAUUCUGUAAUAAACUACACGGAUGUCUCUGGAGUGAAAAAAGAAGCAGCGCCGGUUGAUAUUGACUUGUCAAUGAGUAACUGCAAUAUGUCUCGUGAGAGCAGUAGACGCCCUGUGGAUGUCAAAGGGAUAGAAGUAAUUGAUUUAGAAAAUGACUCUAUUCCUGAAGACAAGGCCUUCAAUAAUGCGGAAAGAAAGACAGGGGCUGAAUUUAUACCUCUAGAUGGCUUUUCCAACCAACCACAGAACUCUAGUGAUAUCCCCGAUGGCCAAGAUGGUUAUGGGCUAAUGAUCUCGGAGUUGCUGGGAAAUGAUUUCCCUACUUGUUCUUCAGUACCGGAGGAUCUUACUCCAAUGCCUAACGAUAUUGGUCUUCCUAAUGCAGAGGGGACUCUUGCAGAUGAUGAUUCAAUAUAUAUGGCUCUGGGCGAAAUACCAUUAACCUUCAUGAGUCCCUGGGAGCAGCCACCCCCGCAAGAGUAUGAGAAGCCCUUUUGAUCCAGCUAAUUACAGAACUUCUCAGAUGCAUGAUCCGGUAUGCUUAGAAUUGGUCAUUGGUGGUCCUUUUUAUCCAUUAUUAGCUCUAUCAAGUGGUUAGCUUCCUUUGAUUUGUUUGAUUUGCUUAUAGAGGAUGCGAGUAGAUCUUCCCCUGUUAGGAGGUUCAAGAAUGUUGUAUGCUUUUAAUUUUCUGUUAUGCUUUGUUCUCAAAUGGAAACUGUAAUCAUCUUGACUGGCAGAAAUGGUUGAAGAAUCCAUUUGUUACUUCUCUA